CGCUGAGCCUCGGAGUCCAACGAAAAUGAAACGCAUGAUCCCAGGCGCGAUGAGGACGCGGGGAUCUAGCAUUUAUUAUGUACAGAACUAUUCAACGCCGCUUAGUUCUAUUCAAGCCGUCAAACAGCCAGCCAUCAUCGCUGUUUGGAGAGUUCACUCGUUCCUCGUUUGAAGAUGGGUUCCAGCCGGAAACGAAUAGCUGAAACGAAUGUCACGGACAAAUGUCCCAAACGUUCAAAACUUUAUCAGUCAGAUGCGAUAUUGUCACCACCUUUGACUGUCACUGUACGAGGCCGGACUUUCGAGCCGACACCUGUGUUCGAUACGUUUUGGCGUUUCGCUGCAGAAAGACACGCUAUCACUGAGAAGCGUCUCAAAGGCCUCCCCGCCCCGUGGACGGACGACCCCAUUUUACAAACUUAUCCGUUCUGCAAUACGUAUCGGGUUCUAGACCGAGUGAGCCAAUACUUGGUCGCAGAAGUCAUCGAAAAAGGUUCUCAAGAUCCCACCGAACUUGUGUUUCGAAUUCUGCUUUUCAAUACUUUCACGAGCAUCAAAACGUAUGAAACCCUGCGAGGUGCGAUCACACCUUUCACUUGGUCCACCUACGAGCGAGCCGAAUACGAAGGCGUCCUGCGUCGUUUGUACGAUGACAAGGUCCCGUUAUACACUGGGGCUUUUCAAAAGCCUGCACCUAGUCUAGGCUUUGUGGAAAACUUCAUGAACCAUCUCGUUCUCAUGGAGGUCUUGAUGAAAAAAUUACCCAUGCGGUGCACAGAGGCCGAGUACGUCGCAGACAUCUUUGAAUGGCUGUGCACCUUUAAGAGCAUGGGAGAUUUCACUGCGUACCAGCUAGUGCUGAACCUCUCCUAUUCGAGUGUUUUGAACUUCUCAGACUACGAUUUUGUGGUGGUCGGGCUGGGUUCACGUCGCGGCCUUCAACGCUGUUUCAAAGGUCAAAUUCCUCACGCAUGCGAGAUUGACAUAAUCCGAUGGAUGCAACUCACGCAGAGCGAUCAUUUCUCGCGCCUCAAACUGGAGUUUAAUGGCUUGGGGCCAAAGGCUCGUCCUAUUAUGCUGUGCGAUAUCGAGCACACCUUAUGCGAGAUCGAUAAAUACAUGAGGAAGAUCGGCACACCACCCCGCCGCCCCUUUCACUCAUCUGGCGCACUUCCAAAGAUGCGUCUUCCUAAGGCAUGGACGCUUCCUGCGCGGCAAUCGCUCCGUAUCAAAUGCCCGAAGGAAGCGAAAGUCGAGUUCAUCGAGAAGUUUGUCGUGUCUUCGAUUCAAUCACACCGAGAAGUGGAAGGUGAAAGGGAAUUUUUAGUUUACUGGGAGGGGUACAGCUCCGAUGACGCUUCAUGGGAACCUGAAGAUAUGCUCGCCGAUGAUGCACCCAAUGCCAUCAAGGAAUAUUGGAAGCGUGUACGAGCCUGUUGAAAGGCAUGUAUUCUUGAGCACUUUGUAAAUGUUGUGUUGCCGUGUGCUUUACCAUCACCACGACCGCUCGUACGACACCUUAUUCGGCGGUGGCAGUUCAGCAUCUGAAUUUGUCCAUAUACUAAGAAACACAUUGAUACACAUAUAUGCACUUCUUAACAUGUGUAUACGAAGAAAAUGUUCUGU